UCCCCGCAGGAUACAAUAUGGCGCCGUCCAUGUAGCUGCUCCUGGAAGGCGUGGAGGGAAGGCUGAGCUUGCUGCGCUCUCUGGCUGUGACACAAAAUGUUCUGAUGAAGGCUAAGUUCACUCCACUGGCUUGGUUUAUGAGACACUGCAUCCUGCAGCUGGGCAGAACUGUAACAAAUCAGCUGGCUGGAAGGGGCCGGAGAUUCCUGCCACCUGAAGAUCUGCCAGCUAGAAAGCUCUGUCCUUCCAAGCACAUGGAAGGGGAAUGCCCACAGGAAGCCAAUGGCUCCCAUCCAGAGCAGCGUGAGGAGCAGCCGCCUACAUCUGAUCUAGCGAUGGACACUGGGAGCUGCGCUGGCCCCAUGAAAACUGGGGAGACCGUGAUCAUGGAGGGGAAAGCAAAGAUAAUCUUCCCCAGUGCCAACGAAGUGUUCUACAACCCUGUGCAAGAGUUUAACCGAGACCUGACGUGUGCCGUGAUCACAGAAUUCAUUCGCCUUCAGCUUUCAGCCAAGGGGAUUCAGAUUGCCGUGCCAGGAGAGGAGAAGGUCGAGAAGGUGGUUGUGGAUCUUUCCGAAGGGGAGGAGGCUGGGUCAGAACCAGCACCCGAAGGGGAGAGGGCAGCGGCAGUGGGAGAAGUGUGCAAGGAAGGAGUGCGGAUCUUGGAGGCCUUGGCCGCCUCAGGGCUCCGCUCUAUCCGCUUUGCCAAGGAGGUGCCCGGCCUCCGGGCUGUGGUGGCCAACGAUUUCUCCUCCAAAGCCGUCGAGCUCAUGGCGAGGAACAUCCAGUUCAAUGAAGUUGGGCACCUGGUGACGUCGAGCUUGGCCGAUGCCAGGAUGCUGAUGUAUCAGCAGAAGGCAGAGAAGCAUCCGUUCGACAUCAUCGACCUGGACCCAUACGGCAGCCCUGCCACCUUCCUGGAUGCCGCCGUGCAGGCGGUGAGUGAAGGAGGCCUGCUGUGUGUUACCUGCACCGACAUGGCGGUGAUGGCCGGGAACAGCGGGGAGACGUGUUACAGCAAGUACGGAGCCAUGUCCAUCAAGGGCAAGUUCUGCCAUGAGAUGGCCCUGCGGAUCAUCCUGCACAGCCUGGACCAGCGCGCCAAUUGCUACCAGCGCUACAUCAUGCCGCUGCUGUCGGUUAGCGCCGACUUCUACAUCCGGGUCUUCGUGCGGGUCUUCACUGGCCAGGCCACCGUGAAAGCCUCUGCCAGCAAACAGGCCCUGGUGUAUAACUGUGUGGGCUGCGGGACGCACCGCUUCCAGAGACUCGGCAAGAUGACCAGCCACGGGAGCAAUUUUAAAUACUCGGCGGCCUCUGGCCCCCCAGUGGGCCCCUCCUGCGAGCACUGCCACCAGCGGCACCAGCUGGGUGGCCCCAUGUGGGCGGAGCCCCUCCAUGACCUAGCUUUUGUCCAGAGGGUCCUGUCGGCCUUGGGGAGCAACCCGGGACGGUUCGGGACACAGGAUCGGAUCCAGGGGGUGCUCAGCAUGGUGACCGAGGAGCUGAGCGACGUCCCGCUCUACUACACCCUCGACUGCCUGAGUAGCACCAUCCACUGCAACACGCCCUCCCUGCUGCAGUUCAGAUCCGCCCUCCUCCACGCCGGCUACCGCGUGUCGCUCUCCCACGCCUGCAAGAACGCCAUCAAGACGGACGCCCCGCCCUCCGCCCUCUGGGACAUCAUGAGAUGCUGGGAGAGAAUCCAUCCAGUGAAGAGAGAGCGACUCUCGGACACCAGCCCAGCCUUCCACAUCCUCUCUGUGGAGCCCACGCUGCAGGCAUCCUUCACCAUCCGCGAGGACGCCAACCCCAAAUCCAGGAAGCAGGGUCUGAAACGGUUCCAGGAGAAUCCCGAAGCAUACUGGGGCCCUAAAGCCAGAGCUAAAGCAGGGGGGGGCAUUUCCACCUCCCUGCAGGACAAGAGGAAGCUGCAUCAGAACAAGCGGAAGGAGAGAGCGGAGGACGGGGGCCGCUUGAAAAACACCCCCUGCAAGAGGCUCAAGGAGUGUGCCUUUGAGUGAAAUGUCCUGCACCACCCUGAUGAGCCAACUGCCUCCGGAUCCCCGCCUCACUGAAACUCACUCCCCCAGCAUCUGGAUCCCACCACUGAGACCCUCACACCCAGACCCCCUGCCAAGCUCUAUCCCCCUGACACCUCCCAAGCCCCAACCACUUUCACAUGGACCUCCCAGCAGAUUCCCACUACUGUUGCACCCAGAACCCCCCCUCCCAACAAGCCCCUGUGCAUCCAGAUCCCCCCACACCCAGAUUGCCCCACACCUGGAUCCUUCCACACUUGGAUCCUGCCUUCCUGACCACACCUGGCAUGGAGGGGCAGGGCCCUGGGGUGUUUCUGGGGCAGGCUGGGUCCUUGCACUGUGUCAGGGUUGGGUGCAGCCUCAUUGCUGAGUGUGUCCCGGGGGAGCUGCACAGUGAUCUCCCACCUCUCUGCAGCCAGGGGCCUGUGCACACCAGUGCCAGGCUGGAGCCUCCACAUUUAUUUGACAAAUAAAAUUUGCAGAAUUUUAAAA